CCCCGCGGCCGAGGAGGGCCCGGCGGGGCAGCCUCACCGCCCCCGGAUGGAUUUGCUCUUAAGUAAAGCUGUGCAGAAACUGGGAAGCGCCGCAUCAGAGCUUUUGAAUUUGGACCACUUGCAGUCCUGACAUUCAGAAACUCAUCCCUAUGGGUGGCAAAGACAAAGAGGCUGGAUGCAAAGGAGGAAGCAUGGUAAAGGCAGCAUCUGUCCAGGAUUCAUGGGCUCUUUGAGAGAUGAUCAGAGGGAGGCCAGAUGACCUGCACAACACACAGAGCACUGUUUCUCCUCUGCAAAGGCAGCAUCGGAGCGUUCUCCCCAGCCCCGUUCCGCCCGGCUUGCCCGAUCGUUUCCGGAUGUUUCGUAGCUGCGAGUGGGAAGUCCUGGAGCGAUCCCUCAAUAUCCUCCAGGCCAGUGACUUCUACUGGGGCCCCUUGUCCGUGGGGGAGGCUCACGCCAAGCUCCAGCGGGAGCCUGUAGGCACCUACUUGGUGCGGGACAGCUCGCAGGGGAACUGCUUGUUCAGCCUGAGCGUGCGGAUGCCCACGGGGCCCGUCAGCCUUCGGAUCUCUUUCCAGGAGGGCUAUUUCCGCCUCAAGAACUGGUUUUCAGACUGCGUGGUCCGGCUGCUGGAGCUGGUGGUGGCGGGGACCCGGAACAACCCCUUGCACUUUGAUGAGAUGGGGGGAACUCCCCUGGUCUUCUCUGAGCCCUUGUGCCGGAGCCGCCGGGCAGUGCCCACACUGCGGGAAUUGUGCCGCCAGAGCCUCCCUGCUGGUGCCACAACAGAGGACAGAGCAGGGCUGGGGGGCUCCUUGGGAAUGUGUCUGAGGGAAGAGGUGUUCUCACCCCUGGACAGAAGGGGAGGGUCAGAGGGGAGCGUUGGCCCCAGCCCCUCUCUGUCCUGGGCUAGGAGAUGAUGGAUGCAUAUGGGAGAUGAAAGGAGAUGCCACUUUUAUGGCUGUGCUGGUGGGAUGUGUGCCACACCAGUGAUGCUGGACUGGCUGCUGGGAGAGGAAGGGGGAGGGCAGAGGGAGCAG